GCUUGUAAGCAAUUAAUUAAUAGCUUUUACCGAAUACAACUUGAGGUCGGGUUAAAUUUGACAAGAUGAGUAAUUCAGUUAUUGCCGCGCGCUUUCAUAGCUUUAUCCGAAUUAAUAACACUUCGCUGGGAGGGUUCGUAGCUGUCAUUAGGUUUUAAUUUGAGAUCUGUUCACUUUGUUUUUGUUAGCGAUUCGAAACUCGUUUUCACAGCGUUUGGUAUUUUAAAUAAAAGAAGCUACGACCGAGAACGGCAGUUGCUAUCGAGGCAUGUGCAAACCCAAAGGCCCACAGUGGAUUGUGGUACUAUUUGCCAAUUUGGUGCUUGCUCAACUGGGAAGCCCCAAUGGUCAAUAUAUGUUGAGCAUUCGACAUCCGGAUGGCAAGAGCUGGCGCGAGGAGACUGUGCGACAGAUUCCACCCGGUGUCCCGCAGGUAAAAGGUACGCUCAAUCAGAACUUUGAAGACCAAGGCGGCACUCUGGUGGUCACCUAUGAGGCGGGGCCCAAUGGUUAUGUGGCCAAGUAUAGCUAUAAUAGCGCAGGCAAGCCGGAACAGCCCGUAUUCGCAAUUUUUCUAAGUCCGGCAGUUCUAAAGUCGUCAGUCGGCUAAUUUGGUUUAAAUGACUUUUUAUUUAAUAAAUGGAAUAUGUUCCCUAGACAUGGGCACUGCUAGGGCUAUGUAUGUAACAAUUGUUUGUAUUCUAUAGACUCUAUAAAUAUUCCCCUUUCCGCGAGUCAGUUUCUAUGCAAACAAGUCUCAGCUUUGUACCCAGUACGGACCACUAUAUAAUGCAUCGAAAAUUAAGCACAACUCUUUUGUUUAUCAACAUAUUUUGAUGAAACUAAUAGAGCUUUCGAAAAUUUUGCUCGCCUAACUGCAAAAAGAGGCGCACUUUUUCUUAAAGCUUAUAGCUCUGCAAGUAUUUUUCUAACAAAAACAAAAGUUUUUGCGAAAAGUGCUCAAGUUAUUAAAUUAAACUUAUCUUAAUAUGACCUAAAACUCCGAAUUGUAUCGUAAUAAACUUUCUUUUUAAAAUUAUUUUCGUAUAUAUUGUUCUAUAACUUAGCUGAUAUUAUUUAUUUUUGUUUAUAUUAGGCA